AUGAAGAUUGUUUCCACCAACAAGGCGGAUAUGAAUUUUAGGAUGAAUUUCAUAGCUUUGUUGAUCAAUUCGCUGAUAGAAUCAAGCUCUUCAGGAAAAGCAAACACCAACCCAUUGAACUACAUAACAAGCAAGACAAAAAUAAGCAACAUCGACUGGUGUUCUUAUCUGAUAGACUGUUUGGUUAAAAACAAACAUUCUUUUGAUCCAUCCAAUCCAACAAGCAAUUUUAAUGGACCAUGUGCUUAUUUGGUGUUGCCUUAUCUAGACAGAAUCAAAUCUGAUGUACUUAAGGUUGAAAGAACACGUCUAGUGAUCUGCCACUGGACUUCAGAGAAGAUAAAGAUGAGAGAAACUUUUGAAAAGGAUGAGCUUGAUAACAAUAUUGAUGAUGAUGAAGAUGAAAAUGGAGAUGAUAAUGAUGAAUCAAAGAAACAGAAUGUAGGAGGGGAAAAUAUUGAAGGAUUUAUCGGAGAAAAAAAUGAGAAUGUUAAAGGAGGAGAGGAAAAGAAAGGAAAAAAUAAAGAUGAAGGAGGUGAAAAUAUUGAAAUAGCAGGUAAAAAUAAAGAUGGUGAGGAAGAUGAAACUGAUAAUAAUGAUCAAGGUUUGGAUGACAUGAAUUUACAUGAUGAAGGUGUUCAAAAUGAAAAAGGUGGUGAUAAUGAAGAAAAACAAAAUGCUGGAGGAAGAGGUGUGGAGGGGAAGAAUCUUGAAGGAUUGAAUGCUGAGAAAGGAAAAGGAAUUACUGCUGAAGAACCACAUACAGUUAGAGAAGGUGUGGAGGAGAAGAAUAUAGAAGGGAAGAAUGCUAACAAAGGAGAAGGAAGAACUAGUGAAGAAACACAUAUAGUUGAAGAAGAACCACAGACAGUUAGAGAAGGUGUGGAGGGGAAUAAUAUAGAAGGGAAGAAUGCUAAGAAAGGAGAAGGAAUAACUGGCGUGGAGGGGAAGAAUCUAGAUGGAAUGAAUGUUGAGAAAUGA